AUGCACUGCGGCUGCGUGGCCGGGGGCGCCCCCGCCGGCACGGGCAGGCCCUGGAUCUCAGGCCUGGCCUUCCCGGACUGGGCCUACAAAGCCGAGUCCUCCCCGGGCUCCCGGCAGAUCCAGCUGUGGCACUUCAUCCUGGAGCUGCUGCAGAAGGAAGAGUUCCGCCAUGUCAUUGCCUGGCAGCAGGGAGAAUACGGGGAGUUUGUCAUCAAGGAUCCCGACGAGGUGGCCCGCCUCUGGGGCCGCAGGAAGUGCAAACCCCAGAUGAACUACGACAAGCUGAGCCGGGCCCUCAGGUAUUACUACAAUAAGAGGAUCCUGCACAAGACCAAAGGCAAAAGGUUCACGUACAAGUUCAACUUCAGCAGGCUGAUCGUCAUCAACUACCCUCUGUGGGAGGUGCGGGCACCGCCUUCCCCCCACUUGCUGCUGGGGGCCCCCGCCCUCUUCCGGCCAGCCCUGCUGCCCAUGGGCAUGCCCAGUGAGCUCCUGCACAGCCUGCUGCUUGCCCAGUGGGCCCCGGCGGAGCACCUGGCUGGACAGCAGACCCCCCGGGGGCUGCCAGAGGCCGCUGAGGACAAGACGGGGAGCGGCAGCGGCGCCCCCCGCCUUGGCUCUCUCCCGGUCCCCUUCCAGCUUGGCCCUUGUUGUCUUCUGGGGAGCCCCCAAGACAAGCCGCCCAGUCUUGCCUCCUUCACCCCUCCCCUCCUGCCCUCCCUCCCCACCAACUGGACCCGCCUCUCAGGGCCCUUCCUGCCCCAUGUCCCCCCAGAGCAGCAGUUCCCAGGGACCUCCAAGCCAGACACCCUGUUCCCAGGGCCCGGGGGCCCCCCAGUGACCCGCCCCUUUCCGGGGCUCCCCCUGUUGGCUGGGCUGGGGCAGGGGGCUGGCGAGAGGCUCCGGCUCUUGUCCCUGAGGCCCCAGGGGCUGGAGGUAAAGCCCUGUCCCAUUGGGGCACAGGGACACCUGGAUCCCAGGGAGGUCUUCUCCUCAGAGAUUCACAGACCCAAAACUGGGGACAAAAGCCCCGUGUCCCCCCAGCUGGGGAACUACAAGGCAGCGUGGCCCUUGGAUCCUCCUUAG